AUGCGCUACACACUCGCCGCCUUCGCCAUGAUGGCUUCGGCCGUAUUUGCCUUCCCCAUGGCUCUGGACACUAGUGCUGGUCACGUUGCUGCUCGCGGAACUGCGAACACAAACGCUGUGAACUGGAACGAAUGGAAGAGGAACGGCGGCUGGAAGGACUACGACACGUGGAAGGAGUACGCCGAGAAAUAUUGCCCGUGGAAGGACGAGGGAUACGGUUCGUGGGAUGAUUGGUGGAACAAUGAUGGAUACCAAUGGUGGCGCAAGAUUUCGGGUGACAAGAGCAACAAAUGGAGCAACGGCAACGACUUCGACUCCUGGUUCAAGAAGGACGGCUAUAAGACCGUCGAUCCGUGGAGUAAGGGUAGCGACAGCAGCAGCGAUUGGUACCAGGAUGAGAACGGCGUCGGAUGGCAUAAGAAGGACGGAAAGUGGGUGGAGGACGACGACGACAGCAGCAGCUCCUGGGGAAAGACGGACGACUCGUGGAGUGAUGGCGAGGAUAAACCCUCCUGGGACGGCGAGGAUGACGACGACAACGAGUGGCAAGUGUUCAAGGACGAAACCGGCCAAGGAUGGCACAAGGACCAGUCGAGCGGGAAAUGGGAGAAAGACUCCUCUGAAGACUCUGGCGAGUGGAAGAAGGGAGCCGAUGGAAAGUGGUCUAAGGGAUCAUCCGACAGUGCCUAGUGGGACCACUAGACGGCGCGAUGGUAGC